AUGCGGCUGGAAGCCUUGAAAAUGGCAAUUACUGCCAGCUGUCAUUGGUAUCUACUACAAGCUCCAGACGUCUCUGACAGCAAUAUGACAUUCAACGCAAGUGUGAACUCGCAGUUGACGCAACACAUGCUAUUCGGAUGGGUGGACCACCUGUCGUUCGCACUCAUGCUGGGCCUUUCCGCAGCCAUCGGUAUUUAUUUUGGCGUGUUUGGUCGCGCCAAGAAUACUACCCAAGUGGACUACCUGCACGGCGGCAAACGCAUGAGAGCAUUUCCUGUCGCAAUGUCACAAUACUUGGAGCGCCGCUUCAGCCGUACUAUUCGCUUAUUUGCAUCUGGAUUCUUCACACUCAAUCUGGUGCUUCACAUGCCUUUGUACGUGUACUUGCCUGCUAUCGCACUAAGCCAAGUGUCUGGAAUCAGUGUCCACUGGAUCACUCCUCUGGUUUGCACCGUCUGCGUUUUAUACACUAUGCUGGGCGGCCUGAAGGCGGUGGUGUGGACGGACUUCCUGCUGAGCGGAGUCACGCUGGCAGCCUUCAUCGCGGUGCUUAUCCUGGGGGUGGUGAGCGCCGGCGGCUUCGCAGAGGUGUGGCGGACCGCCGACGAGGGCGGCAGGGUCUCCUUCUUCGUGACCCUGGCUGGCUUCACCUUUGGCAUAAUCCUCAUGAAGGUCAUCAGCGUCUUUACUGGGUUUCUGCUCUAUGCCAUCUACCGCGACUGUGAUCCUGUUAAAACCCAUGAGGUGUCUCGUCCCGACCAGCUGCUGCCGUUCUACGUGAUGCGGGUGGCCGGCCACGUCCCCGGACUGCCGGGCCUCUUCGUCGCCGGCAUAUUCGGCGCUGCCCUCAGUUCCAUGUCUGGAACUCUCAACGCUCUUUCUGGUACUAUCUACGAGGACUUCCUGCUGCCCCUGAUGCCCAAACGGAAGACAGAUCUGCUGGUGAACUUAAUAAUGCAGGCCAUCGUGCUGGUUGUGGGCAUCAUCACCGUAGGAAUGGUCUACAUUGUCGAGAGGCUGGGAACAAUUCUGGAGGAGCGUAUUAUAAAUGUUCCUGGAUGGAAUCUGUGGGACAUUCUGAAGAAUUUCAUCCACCCGAACAGAAAGCCAGCAGAGGAAGAUAAAUACGACUACAACACAAACGGGAAAACAAACUCGGAGAUAGCCGUACCAUCCUCACUGAGUGGAGUGCAGAGUACCUGUCGACGUGGAUUCGCGUUCAGCUGUGACGGCAGUGUCUGUCCUCAGGGAGCCAUCGUGGGCAGCCUUUGCGGCAUGACCGUCGUGGCGAUCCUCAUAACCGGCGCGCAACACGCCACAGCCACCGGAAGCGUCAGGUACCCGCCGCUGCCGACGUCCGUGGAGGGGUGUCCCGGUAACCUCACAGCCAGCGUGCACACUGCCGCAGCAGCCGCCGCGACCAGUACAUCGGCGGACGACGUGCCGCUGGUGUUCCGGCUGUCGUACAUGUACUACACUGUGGUGGGCGCCCUGAUCGUGGUCACCGUCGGCUGGGUCGUGAGCCGCCUGACGGGCCCCCUGAAGCCCGGCGAGAUCGACCCCAGGCUGCUGGCGCCGCAGGUGCGGCCCGCCGACCUCAGAAGAGCGGCCCAACACGACCCCGCUGCCGCAGUGGAGCUGCUGCCAAGCGGGACUCGGCACAAGCCCGCUACCGACGCCAAGAUAUAG